AUGUCUCUGGUGGCCCCAACACACACAACGUCCAGGGGCCAUGUGGUCUUGCAGCCUACCUAUUUCACGUCUUCACUGUUCGUGGACCCCGCACGUGAAGACAUAAGUAACCUUAUCCUUGUCUACACCGAGCGAUAUGCCAGAUCUCCCCCUCCUCAGCCUUUUACCCUGUUCAAGGAUAUCUGGAGCAACCACGGAUGGUCAUGGUUGCAUUUCAAGGUUUUUGAUGCCAGAUCUCGCGAUGCCUUUCUUAAAGUCACUAUGCGACUCUUCUCAGAACGGUUAGCGGAAUCCGAGUCUCCUCUUAUCAGAGCUGCUGCUCUAUUUGGUCUUUACACGUUCUUUGCGACUCAGCCAUCAUCAUCGGCUCCGCCGUUGCAUGCUCUCGCUCAUCUUCCCGUGACAAUCGACAUGUAUCAGUCUCUACUGAAGCUACCCGACGUGCUCGAAACGGAUUUCCUGCGCCCUUUAAGACCCCACGUAACAUACGUACUUUCCGCCUUACAAAAAGCUCAGUUCUUUCACGUGCUCCCUCCGUCUAAUUUGUAUCCGCAUAGCCCGCGAGAAUUACCUAGGGAAAAAUUCAUUUCAGACAUCGCAGAUGGGUAUGAACAAGUAGCAUCUACUACUACAAAUGCGCCCAAGAAGAAAGGCCGACCGUCAAAGUAUGAUAAGGUGAAGAAAUCCAAGGACGCUGUCGUUGCGCUGGACAAGUGGCUAGACAAAACUGCAUACACACAUCAAGCACCUCAGGCUACAGGUGCCGAGGCACCACAGCCUGUCACUACGCAUAUUCUACUUUCACAUCCGCCAAGUACGACACGGAAUAAUUAUCGAGCGAAAAAAUCGGAGUUGCUAGAGAAGCUUGAGCCCGAUUAUCCGUAUGUGAUGACCGAGGCAUUAGGACGAGCAGCUUUGGAACGAGCGAACCAGGGGGUUGUGAGCAGGUUACAAAAAAUUGAUGAGGAAGCGGCAGCAAAGGGAAUGGAGAUUGGGGGAGAGGGCGGUGAGCGGACAGGAUUACGUCGCGUAGAGAGAGCUGCUGAUGAGCUUGGUAAAAUUGGGUCACUGGGGGGUCGGGGUGGUCUACUUGGUUUGUUGGAAGGGGCGGGAAUUGGUCAGGAACGGUAA